AUGCAUGACUGGCAGCACGUUAAUUGUCUGCACGUACGCCUCGUCGAGCAGGCACACGCCGAGGAGGAGGUCCCCUGCCGCCUUGGCAGGAGCAGCAGAAUCCACCAAAGGCGAAGGCACGUGCAACAUGACGCCCGGCGAGCACACCUCGCACGAGUGGAACUCGCCGUCCUUCGGAGUGCCGCCAGUGGCACCAUUGCUGGUGGUAGCAGCGCACUUACGCGGCAGCCACACGCCGAUACGGGAGCCCCGGCCAAUGUUGUUAAAGUUCAACAGGAAGAACGGAGGUGGAAGCCGCAGGCGGAACGGCCGCUGCUGCUGUGCCUCCUCCACGAGCAGGCAGCACAAGAUGCUACAGAAGGCGGUGAACUGCGAGGAGGACCGCGGCUCCUUCGCCACAAGGUCGUGCAGGUGCGGAAUGUCCUCAACAAGCGUGGUGUUGCCGACGAGCAGUGCAAUCUUCAGCGCGCAUGA